CGCCCACACUCCCCCUCCCACCUCCCCUCAUAGGCUCCCCCUCCUCCACGCUCCACCUACCGACUCGCCCGCCCGCAACACUCUCCCGUCGCCCGGCCACCGCGCCAUAAAGCAAGCAGCACUUGCACACCCCAACUCUCCUCACUUGGUUAUACGCUUCUGCUCGGCUAGCUGGUGGUACGUAACCGGUAACUCGCCGUGCGCGUGCGGACGUCGAAAAGCUAGCAGCAGCAAAACAAGCGUUUCUUGCUUUGCUUUGCUCGCGGCCGGAGGCGAAGAUGAUCACGGGGACGGACUUCUACCACGUGAUGACGGCGAUGGUGCCUCUGUACGUGGCCAUGAUGCUGGCCUACGGGUCCGUCAAGUGGUGGCGCAUCUUCACCCCGGACCAGUGCUCCGGGAUCAACCGCUUCGUGGCGCUCUUCGCCGUCCCGCUGCUCUCCUUCCACUUCAUCUCCACCAACAACCCUUACGCCAUGAACCUCCGCUUCAUCGCCGCCGACACGCUCCAGAAGCUCAUCGUCCUCGCCCUCCUCACCCUCUGGAGCCACCUCUCCCGCAACGGCUCCCUCGAGUGGACCAUCACGCUCUUCUCCCUCUCCACGCUCCCCAACACGCUCGUCAUGGGGAUCCCGCUCCUCAAGGGCAUGUACGGCGACGAGUCCGGGUCGCUCAUGGUCCAGAUCGUCGUCCUGCAGUGCAUCAUCUGGUACACGCUCAUGCUCUUCAUGUUCGAGUACCGGGGCGCCAGGAUCCUCAUCACGGAGCAGUUCCCGGACACGGCGGGCGCCAUCGCCUCCAUCGUGGUCGACCCGGACGUGGUGUCCUUGGACGGGCGGAGGGACAUGAUCGAGACGGAGGCCGAGGUGAAGGAGGAUGGGAAGAUACACGUCACCGUGCGCCGCUCUAACGCGUCCCGGUCGGACAUCUACUCCCGGCGGUCCAUGGGCUUCUCCAGCACCACGCCGCGGCCCAGCAACCUGACCAACGCCGAGAUCUACUCGCUGCAGUCGUCCCGGAACCCGACGCCCCGGGGGUCCAGCUUCAACCAUACGGACUUCUACUCCAUGGUGGGCCGGAGCUCGAACUUCGCUGCCGGGGACGUGUUCGGCGGGCCGGGGCCCGUGGUACGCACGGGGGCCACGCCGCGCCCGUCCAACUACGAGGAGGACAAGGCGGCCGCUGCCGGGGGGAACAAGUACCCGGCGCCCAACCCUGCCAUGGCCGCGGCGCCGCCGAAGCCGGGGAAGAAGCAGCAGCAGCAGGGCAAGGGCGAGGACGGCAAGGACCUGCACAUGUUCGUGUGGAGCUCCAGCGCGUCCCCCGUGUCCGACGUCUUCGGCAACGGCGCCGAGUACAACGUCGACGCCGCCGCCGUCAAGGACGUCCGCGUCGCCGUCGCCUCGCCGCGCAAAGGGGACGGGAGGAAGGAGAAGGGGGAGGACUACGUGGAGCGGGACGAGUUCAGCUUCGGGAACAAGGGGAUGGCUGGAGAGAGGGACGCGGAGGCCGGCGACGAGAAGGAUCAGGGGAACGCGGGCGGCGUGGUGGCGGCCACGGCGAUGCCGCCGACGAGCGUGAUGACGCGCCUCAUCCUCAUCAUGGUCUGGCGCAAGCUCAUCCGCAACCCAAACACCUACUCCAGCCUCAUCGGCCUCGUCUGGUCGCUCGUCUGCUUCCGGUGGAACUUUGAGAUGCCGGCGAUCAUCAUGAAGUCAAUCGCCAUCCUGUCCGACGCCGGUCUCGGCAUGGCCAUGUUCAGCCUCGGGCUGUUCAUGGCGCUGCAGCCGCGGAUCAUCGCGUGCGGGAACAAGAGGGCGUCGUUCGCCAUGGCCGUGCGCUUCCUGACCGGGCCGGCAGUCAUGGCCGCCGCAUCCAUCGCCGUCGGCCUCCGCGGCAAGCUCCUCCACGUCGCCAUCGUGCAGGCAGCACUGCCCCAGGGCAUUGUCCCCUUCGUCUUCGCCAAGGAGUACAGCGUGCACCCCGACAUCCUCAGCACGGCGGUUAUCUUUGGCAUGCUCAUCGCGCUGCCCAUCACGCUGGUGUACUACAUCCUGCUGGGGCUGUAGAUCGAGCAACAAGAAAACAAGCUAGCUAGCUGCAUGUUACGGCUUACAACCAUGCCGGAGUAGGAGACAGGGGAGGGGACACCGGGACAGACAAGGGAUCGAGCUUGCAGCGGUCAUGCAUGGAGGGGGGGCAAUUAGCCAAUUAGGACUCUUAGGUGUAGAGAUGGAGGAGGGGGUGCAUGGCGGAAAUGUUUAGAGCAAGAGCUCGGGUUCGGCUAAAGGGGACGGAAUCAGGAUCCAGUUUGGGUUUUAGGAGGGUUUCUCUCAAGGGCGUUAUGGCUGCUUGGACUGGCCUUGUAAAAUGGGUUUCAAAUUGAUGAAAUGCUAUAGCUCUUGUUCAUCUUAGGCUAUAAUACUUUGCAUUGGCCCGAUUUGAAAAAUGAUGUUUCAGCGU